CAAGUGAAAAUCAACACACAAAACAGAAGUGAAAAGAGAAACUUAAUUGCUACUCAUUUUGCAGCUGGUUGAUCUUGUCUCCAAAUUAUGGCUAAUCUUCCCUCUCAAUGCUUUAUCAUUCUGUUUUCACUUAUCUCUCUGUCAAUCAAUGUGGAUGCGCGGCAUCUUCUAGAGGCAACAUUGCCUGAGCUUCCUAAGCCUGAAUUACCUGAGCUGCCACCACUUCCUAAGGUUGAGCUUCCACAAUUUCCUGGAGUCCCAAUCUUGCCUAAACCUGAAAUUCCCACACUUCCAAAACCUGAAUUGCCUGAGUUGCCCAAGCCUGAAGUGCCCAAAUUGCCUGAAUUACCAAAGCCUGAACUGCCAACUUUUCCCCACUUGCCUGAGUUGCCAAAGCCCACAUUCCCUGCUAUACCCACAAUUCCGAAGGACACAAAACCUCUUCAGUCAAGUACUAGUCCUUAAACAAUUAUCCCAUAUAUGUUUCAAUGUUUGAUUUCACGGUGAUGACUUCAUCUAGUUGUUCUUUAUCAGAGUCUGAUUCAUAUAUGCUUAAAUUGUAGCGAGUGUUGGUUCUGUUCCAGGCCUGUAUUUUCUGUACUUCUUGUUUCAGCUACACACUAUAUAUGUUCCGAGUUUAUCUUCUAUAUACAAUGUUAAUCUAGCUUAUUUAUUUGA